AUGGCUUCCACAAACGCAAACAAGCAGCCCAGCUCCAUACUUUACGUUGGGCCAGUCACUAGUCUGAAAUUCCAUAAUAGUAAAAUUCUCCUCGCCGGACACGGACCAUUGCUCAAAGUAUUUUACAUUCCGAGUGGAGAACUUUUAAACGUUGUCGUCGGAUUAGAAUGUUUGAGAAUAAGAGGAAUUGUUCACGUCAAUCAGGCAAAGGAUACCCAAGAAAUACAGCAACGGAAAAUUCCAACAAGUGAUAAUUGUGUUUAUGUGAUCUAUGGAGGAAAGACAGUUCGCGUUUUGGAGAUGAGUCUCAGUUAUGACGACAUACCGAAACCAAAAUGUAAAAUUACAUUUAUAACUCCUCCCAUUAACUUACGUGAUUGGAUACUCGACAUUAACUGGGUGUAUGGCCGCGAAGGAGAAUCCGUAAACCACGAGUCUGCGUUCUCAGAACCUCAUCUCUGUGUCGCCUACGCCCACAAUGUUGUCGAUCGAUUCACUUACCUUUUCCGUGCUGUCGUGAAUGCGGUUACUUGUCCAUCUCAAUGCAUUCUGUAUUCGGCGCGAUUUUACGGACAUUCCUGGGAAAAGUUGCUAUUAGCAGCUGGUACGGUGUUUAAUGAAGUGCAUUUGUGGAGUGUUAAAGAUGGUGUUGUUUUGAAGAAAUUUGUCGGGCAUGAGGGCGUUAUCUUUAAUGUACGGUUUAGUUUUGAUGGAUCUAUUCUCGCAUCUGUUUCCGAUGAUCGUACGAUACGUGUCUGGAAGACCGACGUUAAUGACAAGACCAAACCAAUAACUUUAUACGGUCACAUGGCACGGAUAUGGGAUUGCCAGAUAGUGGGUAACUAUCUCGUUAGUAUUUCUGAGGAUUCAACGUGUCGCGUGUGGCAAAAUCCAGUUAACGUUCGCGAUACUGAAGAUACACUUGACAUUGAUUGUCUUGCGUGCUGGGAGGGACAUGUUGGGAAAAAUGUAUGGAGCUUGAGUAUCUGUGAGGAAAAAGGAAUUGUUGCAACGGGUGGCCAAGAUUCGGGAAUCAGGCUAUGGUCAUUAUUAGAUGUUAGCAGUAAUAAGAUUGACUCUGAAGCAGAUCUCAUACAUGCCCCGCUUCCACCGCUGGAAACGUACCACAAGCUACAGGUAGAUUGUGUAAAGCCCCAAAAAUCAGAAACCAAGGAAUAUGUGCGGAACUGCGCAAUCGUCAGCAUGGACGAAAUUGUUGUCGGAACUAAUUUGGGCCACAUUCUUCUUCACAAUCAUCAAACGCAUACAUGGACGCCGAUAUUUUAUUCCACAGAACUAUCGAAUUACAAUAUGAUGACAGCAUCAAAGUGCGGACGAAUUGUGUGUUGCGGAGGUAUUAAUGGACAAGUGUUCAUCCUGAGCGUACGACAUGUCUUUGAGCCAAUUAAGUUAAAUCUUCAUCCACACAAAGUGUUUGAAUUGUUCAUCUUGGACACGAAUGGAAUAUUAAUAGUUACAGACACGCUAUAUAUAAUAUCUCAUGCUGUACAUAAUGACAUUUAUGUGCUGGAAUUAGAUUUGAAAUGUGAAAAGUCACCCGUCAGACCGCUCUUCAAACUAGCUGUUCCUCCUCGCUUUCUCUUAAUGUCCACAGCGUACUCAUUUCAAUAUGGACUACUAUUUUGCGGAUCACGGGAAGGUGGAUUGGGUAUUUAUCAGUUACCCUCUCCCAAAGGAUAUGAAGAAGUAAAGGAAGUAGGGGAUGAUAACCGAAUGAAUGACGAAAGUUUACGGAAUAAUGACGAAUGUUUGGCAGAUACGAUGCAAUCUUCAACACAAAUACCUACUUUGUACCUUAUAUUAUAUAAAUCUAAAACGCAUCGUCGACAAGCUUUGACAUCCAUAGCAUUAGAAUAUCCCCUUGUCGCAGUUGAUAACAACACCACAGAUGAUGCGAAUGACUUUAUUUUUAUAUAUACUACUGGUCGUGACGGUGAAUACAUCAAGUACCGGUUGAAAGGAGUGGGGGCAUUGAGAAAGCAACAUUUAUAUACAAGGGAUGUUGAAAAUAUCAAGGAUGAGAAGGAAGUUGUUUACGAAAAUGCGUUUGGAGAAAAUAGCAGAGAAAGGUGCAAAGAAAAAGACGGUAGCGGAGAGCGUGAUUAUGUGAAAGGAACCGAGAAGAAUUUACAAGUCGGUAAAACAAGGUCAUGGAAAGGAAAAGGCGAAUCAGAUAGUUGUCUGCAAUUAGAAGAAGUCUACCGCGCCAAAAUUACCAAAGGUUGGCUUGAACAGGCUGUUCUUUUUGAAAACACGCUUUUCCUCCUCGGAUUCUAUCGUAAACGCUUUUUUGUGUUCAAUCAAUCUAAAUCCUACGAUAUCUUUAGUGUAGCAUGCGGAGGUGCACACCGAGUAUGGCACUUUUCAGCUGCUGAUGUGAAGCUAGACAGCGCUACCUUUUUGUUUAUCAGAAAAGAGAAGGUCUAUAUAUACUCCAGGACAGGAAGCUUAAAGAAUGACGCAUUUACGGAAUGUAAAUUAGGAGAUGAUUUUCAUGGACGAGAGACACGGAGUGUUUCGUUUUGCCGAUAUCCUAUUGCGGUUGACAACUAUUAUCCUUUGAUAUUUGCUACUGGAGCCGAAGAUUCCUUGCUGAGGUUAUUUCAAUAUAUUCCUGGGAACAUGCAGAAUAGUCUCAGAAGUCUUUGUUGUAUCAAGAAACAUACUUCUGUUAUUAGGAGUAUCCAAUGGAGUAAGGGCAAAGAACUUUUGCUGUUCACCAGUGGAGCGAGUGAAGAGCUACGCUGUUGGAAAAUAGAAUUGACACUGCCUCGUGAUCGUAUAGUCCGUGAAGGUUCUCCACUUGUUGAUGUGAAUUGCCUCGAAUGGGGGUGUUGUCCAAGUAUCAGUGACAUUCCCGAGAUGCGUAUAAUGUCUACUUCUGUCCAUUCAAUCGACAAUAUUGACGGAACACAUGUUAUUGUGUCAGGAUAUUCCGAUUCUAUACUCAGAGUAUGGUUAUUUACAGAAAAAACGCGCUCUUUUACACUUGUCGCAAUCGGACAAUUUCAUGAUAAUUGUAUAUUAAAAGUGAAAGGUCUUGUAAUGAAAGACAAAUUCGCUGUGUUAACUUCAGCAACGGAUGGACGCAUUGCAGUAUGGGACAUAUCUGACGUAAUUAAUAGACAUUCUUCCAGCGCAUUUUCAUCCGCGCCCUCUUCCCUUCACCAACCUCAUGUCCUUAACCCACCACUAUUUACAUCAGUUCUACACCAAUCAGGUGUUAAUGUAUUCGACAUUGUUCAUGUGAACGGAUAUAGAUACCUGCUUGCAUCAGGUGGAGAUGACAAUGCGAUUGUGGUGAAGGAAAUAGAAAUUAGAAUUAACGAGGGGAUCUUGAAAGUCAGGAAUUGGGCGAGAGGAGAGUUGUUUGAAAAGGGACAUUUAAACAGAGAAGGAUUAAUAGAAAGAACAGAGGAAUGCGUAGUAAGGGUCGAGAAUGCGCAUGCGUCUAGCAUUCAGGGUUUAAAAUUUCUCAACGCUUCAACGUUUGUCUCGGUUUCUCUUGAUCAAAGACUGAACGUCUGGAAUAUCAAACUCGAAGACAAUCCAUCAUGUAAAGAUGACAUGAAGGUGAAGCUAAAAGCAUCCACGUUUGUCGAUGUUUGUGAUCCCGCUUGUUUAGAUAUGACAUUAUGGAAUGAAGAAGCAAUGAAUGAAGGCCAUAGUAAAGAAUUUAAUUGCGAUCGAGAAUACGAGAGCAACCCCGUGAUGCAUGCAAUGGUGGGUGUUGCUGGAAUCGGAUUCCAACUCUUCAGGAUUUAA